AUGUCAACUCAAUGCACUCUGUGGCUUCCUGGUAUUGGAGAGGAUUUCGUGCUUGGUCCUAGGGAGAUCAACGCACCCGGCCCUGGCGAACGUCUCGUCAAAAGUCUGAACCCUUUAGAUUGGAAGAGGGAUUUAUCUUCUUCAAGUCCUACCUGGCAAUCAUCGGUGAAGAGGCUGCUGGAACUGUGGAAGACGUUGAUGAUGACGUCGCUGAUUUCAAUUAAGGGAACAGAGUAUUUUUCAAGCAUUCUGCAGAAUAUCCCUUUCGACCAAGCGGCUUCUGUGCAGGUUGGCAUCAUACCCGUCGUCGUUGCCUUGUAUGCACGACAGCCCGAAGGACUGGGUCACAUUACGCCAUGGGUUGAGGGUGGGAAUGGCAAGUAUGAUGGUCAGCCUAUCGUCAUCAUUGGUGGCACAUCGUCCGUCGGGCGGUGUACAUCGCAGUGUUGUCUUGUCUCUUCUUCAAUUGCCCACUUGCUCAUUCAGGCUGCUGGUUUAUUGAAAAUUUCACUUCCCCAUUUACCGACCUCUCUGGAUUGGGUAGCUGUAGAGCCAGACCACUCCAUAAUUUUCUGCCGUGGGUCGAUCGAAACAGGGUGCUGGCAUCUCACCCUUGCAAUUACUCAGCCGAUGAAAGCACUCUAUUUUGACGGAAACAGCGCUGCGAACUCCCGGAGGGACACCAGUAUGGACACCCAAGAUCUCGUAGCGUGGUCGGAAAUGAAACCCGAAUAG